AUGCAAAUGCAGCUGUCAAACCUGGGUCCUACAGAACAGCUGCCAUACCUGGGUCCCACAGAACAGCUGUCAAACCUGGGUCCUACAGAACAGCUGUCAAACCUGGGUCCUACAGAACAGCUGCCAUACCUGGGUCCCACAGAACAGCUGCCAUACCUGGGUCCCACAGAACAGCUGUCAAACCUGGGUCCUACAGAACAGCUGCCAUACAUGGGUCCCACAGAACAGCUGUCAAACCUGGGUCCCACAGAACAGCUGCCAUACCUGGGUCCCACAGAACAGCUGUCAAACCUGGGUCCCACAGAACAGCUGCCAUACCUGGGUCCCACAGAACAGCUGUCAAACCUGGGUCCCACAGAACAGCUGCCAUACCUGGGUCCCACAGAACAGCUGUCAAACCUGGGUCCCACAGAACAGCUGCCAUACCUGGGUCCCACAGAACAGCUGCCAUACCUGGGUCCCACAGAACAGCUGCCAUACCUGGGUCCCACAGAACAGCUGUCAAACCUGGGUCCACAGAACAGCUGCCAUACCUGGGUCCCACAGAACAGCUGCCAAACCUGGGUCCCACAGAACAGCUGUCAAACCUGGGUCCCACAGAACAGCUGCCAUAAAUGGGUCCCACAGAACAACUGUCAAACCUGGGUCCCACAGAACAGCUGUCAAAACUAG